AGUGUCCCUGGAAUUUCUUGUGCUCAAAUAUCGCGUUUGAUGAAGUGACCUUGUGUCACAAUCUUGAUGUUGAGUCAACAACUUCUGCAGGAUAUGACAGCAACACGACCGCCUUCUCUUAUUUCCAGGGUACGUGGUUCCAGGAAGCCCCCACAUGACGAACCGUAAACACCUUUGCCCUUCGUUUGUGGCAUGUACACACCUGUGGUGGUGAUAUAGGAAGUGUGAGUGUUUAGUACCGGCUUCAGGUGUGUUUUGCGUCAGUAGUAAGAUACUCCUUUCACGCGACGGGUUGUUCCGAGGCUCUUGAACCAAGCACAUUAUUGGAUAUAGUCUGUAGAAGUGUCUGCUGCCAGGACAGAGUGUGAUCCAGAAUAAGGGGCGGGAAUGGCUCCACAUCCUGUCACACAAGCCAUCAUUGAUCUGUCAGCUGGAGCAUGUGGUGGGAUUGCAUGCGUGUUAAGUGGGCAGCCCUUCGAUACAGCCAAGGUGAAGAUGCAGACUUUCCCCAGCUUGUACAGAGGCUUUGUCCACUGCUUCGUCUCAGUCUACAAACAGGUUGGACUGCGAGGGCUCUAUCAGGGCACCACACCUGCCCUCAUAGCCAACAUUGCUGAAAACGCUGUGCUCUUCAUGAGCUACGGCCUCUGCCAGAAUGUUGUCCGCUUUGUUUCAGGACUGGACCGAGGCACAGAACUCAGUGAUGUUCAGAAGGCCUGCUCAGGCUCUGUUGCUUCUAUCUUCUCUUCUCUGGCUUUAUGCCCCACUGAACUGGUUAAAUGUCAGCUGCAGGCCAUGCAUGAAAUGGAGGCAUCCGGCAAGAUUGCCAGCGGACAGAAAAGCACGGUGUGGUCUGUUGUGAGAAAUGUGCUCCGCACAAACGGUCCUCUGGGUUUCUAUCAGGGUCUCACCACCACUAUAGUCAGAGAGGUACCUGGAUACUUCUGUUUUUUUGGAGGAUAUGAACUCAGCCGCUCAAUGUUUGCACACCACAUGGGCAGAGACAAAGAGCACAUAGGUGUGGUGCCCUUGAUGUUCAGUGGAGGUUUUGGCGGUGCCUGUUUGUGGCUGGUUGUGUACCCAAUAGACUGUGUGAAGUCUCGCAUCCAGGUUCUGUCUUUAGCAGGAAAGCAGGAAGGCUUCCUCAAGACUCUUAUGGGGAUUUUACGAAAUGAGGGUGAGAUUUAGAUGCACACCACGCACUGA